AGUAGCACCAGUAGUAGUAGUAAUAAUAAUAGUAGUAGUAGCACCAGUAGUAGUAGUAGUAAUAGUAGUAGUAGCACCAGUAGUAGUAGUAGUAAUAGUAGUAGUAGUAGUAGUAAUAGUAGUAGUAGCACCAGUAGUAGUAGUAGUAGAACCAGUAGUAGUAGUAAUAGUAGUAGCAGCAGCAGCAGCAGCACCAGUAGCAGUAGUAGUAGUAGCACCAGUAGUAGUAGUAAUAAUAAUAGUAGUAGUAGCACCAGUAGUAGUAGUAGUAAUAGUAGUAGUAGCACCAGUAGUAGUAGUAGUAAUAGUAGUAGUAGUAGUAGUAAUAGUAGUAGUAGUAGUAGUAAUAGUAGUAGUAGUAGUAGUAAUAGUAGUAGUAGUAAUAGUAGUAGUAGCACCAGUAGUAGUAGUAGUAAUAGUAGUAGUAGUAGUAGUAAUAGUAGUAGUAGUAGUAGUAAUAGUAGUAGUAGUAAUAGUAGUAGUAGCACCAGUAGUAGUAGUAGUAAUAGUAGUAGUAGUAGUAGUAAUAGUAGUAGUAGUAGUAGUAAUAGUAGUAGUAGCACCAGUAGUAGUAGUAGUAAUAGUAGUAGUAGUAGUAGUAAUAGUAGUAGUAGUAGUAGUAAUAGUAGUAGUAGUAGUAGUAAUAGUAGUAGUAGUAAUAGUAGUAGUAGCACCAGUAGUAGUAGUAGUAAUAGUAGUAGUAGUAGUAGUAAUAGUAGUAGUAGUAGUAGUAAUAGUAGUAGUAGUAAUAGUAGUAGUAGCACCAGUAGUAGUAGUAGUAAUAGUAGUAGUAGUAGUAGUAAUAGUAGUAGUAAUAGUAGUAGUAGCACCAGUAGUAGUAGUAGUAGUAGCACCAGUAGUAGUAGUAGUAAUAGUAGUAGUAGUAGCACCAGUAGUAGUAGUAGUAGUAGCAGUAGUAGUAGUAGUAAUAGUAGUAGUAGCACCAGUAGUAAUAGUAGUAGUAGCAGCAGUAGUAGUAAUAGCAGUAGCAGCAGCAGCAGCAGUAGUAGUAGUAGCAGCAGUAGUAGUAGUAGCAGCAGUCGUAGUAACAGUAGUAAUAGUAGUAGUAGUAGUAGUAGCAGCAGUAGUAGUAGUAGUAACAGUAGUAGUAGUAGUAGUAGUAGCAGC